AUGAGUUCUGUUCUGUUCACCUCCGGCGAAAAUGGCACUUCCAUCCGUCAAUCGCAUGUUCAUAGUCGCAGCUUGGUUAGAGUCUGUACUCUAUGGAGUCAACUGCGUGCUUUUUGGCAUAUGCAUGUAUGCCCUGUUUAGCCGGCACAAACCGUUGUAUUGGAUCAAUGCACUUUCAUGCAUUUUCCACAUUUCAAUCGCGACAGCACACAGCAUCAUCUCCCUUUUUUACUCUCUUCAGGCCUUCACAAAUCCUGCUAUAAUAUCUGUCCCCGACGGAACUAUCAUAUACUUGCUCAGUAACGUAGCCUUGACGAAGACGAUGGGGGGAUUGUUUCUUCUAAACUCGCUCGCUCUAAACUUACUGCUAAUCUGGAGGCUUUAUGUGGUUUGGAAUCAUAAGCGGAUUUUUGCUUUGGUCAUGCUAAUUCUAGAAGCUGUAUGGAUCGCAACUGGUGUUGCAAACUGGGCCAUGGUGAUAACCGGCCAUACCUUCACGAAUGCUGCCUUGGCUUUGGGGCAAGCUAGUUGCGCAUUGGAUCUUGUUCUUACUAUCGGUGUCACGUCCGGAAUCGCUUAUCGUCUUUGGCGGGCGGGCCGAGAUAUAUCUACUUUAACUGGCCACAAUUCCUACAAAGCUGCCAUAUAUACUGUCAUCGAGUCUGGUGCGAUUUAUACCAGUAGCAUCGUGGUAUUGUGCGCUCUGUACCAGUCCGGCAGCCCGGCUUUCGGCGUGGCAAUUAAUGUUGCUACCCAGAUUUCUACCUUGACUCCUCUUUUUCUCAUCGCCAGUGUUGUCCUUGGCCUGAUGCACAGAGAAAGUGCAUAUUACGAGACAUCAACAUCUGCUGAGCCCGCUUUCACUCGACCAAUCCAAGUCAUGAUCACCCAAGAGACCCGAACCCAUCCUAUAAACACUGGGAAGAGUGAGAGUAUACACGAUGCAUAG